ACUUGUCCUUUAUUUGUCUUCCAGCCUCUCAGGAUUCUUUGGCUGUGACUGUGGAGGUUCAGGAGGGGGAACCGUCUGUCGUUCUGCCCUGUCAGAUCAGCAAAACAUUAGAAGACAUUGUUACAGUGAAAUGGAGUCGCUUUGAUCUCAAUCCCAACACUGUCCAUCAACGGGACGAAGCAGACGACCUACAGGGACAAAAUCAGGUUUUCAGAGAAAGAACUUCAAUGAUACCUGAUGCUCUGGACUCUGGUGACUUCAGCCUCACUCUGAGAGAACCUCAACUUUUAGACAGCGGCAUCUACAUCUGCAGCAUGACUGAGAAUCAGGAGGAAACAGCUCUGUCUGGCGUUCAGCUGCAUGUCAAAGCCUCUCAGGAUUCUUUAGAUGUGACUCUGGAUGUUUAUCAGGGGGAUUCAUCUGUUGUUCUGCCCUGCCAGAGUAAAUCAUUAGAAGGGAUUCUCAUCGUGAAAUGGAGUCGCUUUGACCUCAAUCCCAACACUGUCCAUCAACGGGGAGAAGGAGACGACCUACAAGCUCAAAAUGUUCUCUUCAGUGGACGAACAUCAAUGAGGUCUGAUGCUGUAGAUGUUGGAGAUUUCAGCCUCACUCUGAGAGAACCUCAACUUCUAGACAGCGGUGUCUACAUCUGCAGCCUUCGUCAGGAGACGGGAGAAGAAAUGCUGUCAGGCAUUCAGCUGAAUGUCAGAGAGAUUUUUCCAACUUGGGCCAGAAUUUUCCUGGCUCUGCUGAUUCUACUUCCUGUUUCUGGAGGCCUUUUAUUUCAUUUCCGACAUUAUUUCAUGUCAGUCUACAGGGUGGAGGUGGAUUCAGGAGAGGAGUCUGUUCUGCUGCCAUUUAAAACUGCAGCCUGUCUGCCUGGAGGAGUCAGAGUGAGGUGGAGACACAACAAUAGCAAAGUGGUCUACGUUAAUGACAGGAACUUAGAUUGGUAUCAACACUGGCUUUAUAAAAACAGAACAGAGAUUAAAGAGAAAUCAAAAUUUGGAGACUUCAGUUUGACCCUGAAGAAACCAACAAGCAGAGACACAGGAACCUACAGCUGCACCGUCUACAAAGACUCAUCAGAUGAAAUCCUGACCAUGAAGCAGGUGCUGCUGAAGGUCAAAGCUGGUCCUGACUCUCUCAUCAUAUCCAUAGACUUUGGUUCAGGAUUCAGUGGCUACGCCUUCAAUGUUAAACCCAGACAGGAAGGAGGAGAGACCCAGAUAAAGAGAUGGAGUGAUGGACUUGGACUAGACACCCCAAAGACUCCAACCUGCAUCCUGUUUGAUGAACAUGAAGAAUUUAUGAAGUUUGGUUAUGAAGCUAAAACAGCAUUUAAUAAUAUGAGAGAAGGAGAAGCUGAGAAACAUUAUUUCUUUGAAGACUUCAAGGAAGAUGUCCUUGACAUAGUAAGUAAAAGUAAAGAACUACAAAUAAAUCUUCUUUCUUGGAUCCUAUCAUGUUUUCUAUGAACACACCAGCCUUCU